UGAACCGGUGGUGCAGUAAACUGAUAAUAGUGAACCGCUGGUGCAGCAAAACUGAUAGUGAACCGGCGGUGCAACAAAAUAAAUAAUGAGCCGGCGAUGCAUUAAAACAAGAUGUGAACCGCCGGUGCAAAACAUUAUCUCUUUUUUAACCCAAAAGAAAAUGAAUAUUACCCGCGAGCAAGCUGUUUGUAUGUUUUUCUCUGAAGAAUUUAGUGAAGAAAAUGCAGCAAGACUAUCAGAAAAGAUCGCUGAUUUUGGCUCGUUUGAUGUGUGCUAUGAAACCGAUCCUAGAAAACCAGUAUUAGUGGCAUUGGCACGAAUUCGGAGCGAUCCGUUUUCUUUCAAGCGAUACACUAUUGAGAACUUGAAUUCACAGAAUAAUGAAGCAGAAAACAAGGGUUCUGAACUUGGUAAGCGUUGUAUAUGCAGUGUAUUUUGUUCUACUCACUGUUUUAACAAGAAUGUCUAUAAUACAGCUUCUGAAUUGCAACUUAUAAGUUUUUUGAACGAGGUGUUUGUAAAUGCUGUUGAAACACCUAAUGAAAGUGUUUAUUCUCUUAAAAGAGUCACUACAAAUGACAUUUAUCAGAUGAUAUUAACCAAAACUGACUGUAUGAAUAAGAAGUCAGAAGCAGCCUUUGCCACAUGGUAUUCAAAAAAAGGCAUUCAAUUCAUGAAAUCGCCAGUCAUAAGGAAAAGGGAACGAGGCACAAACAGCCGCUAUCGCGAGCUAUAUGUGACGUGUUUGGUGAGAUAAUAACUACAAUACUCGAGUACGUACAACCAGGUAGAGAAUACAUUCUACCACGGUCUAUCUAUAUUGCAUCUAAUAUAGGUUAUGUACAACAUAGAACAAGAUACAGGCCUAAAUAUAAUAAUCAACCAAUAAGCAUCUGAACCUGAAAUUAGUGACUAGCAUACGCGUCCUCAAAUAAUAUAAUUCCCAUUAAACCUCACAAAGUAAAUAAUCCUUCUACUUCAUCUGAAGAACAAUAAAGACACCUAAGUUCAUAGUCAUCGACUUACAACUGUUAUCAAUUUUAUAAUAAGCAAAUACAACAAUAUGUUUCAAAAGA